AUGCAACCAUCAUCACAUCGACCAUCCGAUCAUUCACGGGGUCCCUCCUCAUCACCUAAUCCCAUCGGAAUGAAUCCGAACCCAGAACCCAGUACCCAUCACACCUCUGGUUAUCACCACGCUUAUCCCGAGCCCGAUAUGCAUCAGGUUUCGGGUCGUGACCAACCUCACCCGAAGCGGGUUCGCACAUGCUCAGGGCGAUCGAUCUUCUCAGCCCCCAACUUCACAUCAUCCCUCGUUCCUCAAAUCAAGAACGAGUUCGAUAACAAGGCCAAAAAUGGCUUUCACGUUCUUCAUGUUGUAUCCCCAUCUGGCACAUGCAAAAGCACUCAGUUCGUCCCGCGGCUCUGGGCAACGCUCAAGAGCAAUUGGCCCCAGGCACGUGGUGCAUACGUCCAGCGUAUUUUAUAUCAAGCGCGAGAGCUGCAGCGUGUCUUUGAGAAAUCGGUAGACUAUCGAAGCGAACAAAAGGAGUUUGCAUUCCACCAAGAUUCUGAUGACAUGAGCAAUACACUCAAGCUCACUUACUACGAGGAAUUUGAGCUGGGCCUUAUCGAUGCGUUGACGGGCAAUAACACGACGUUCCCCUCGGUCCCGUUGGUAUUCUUCAUUGACUUGGAGACAGUCCCCACUGCCAGCGGCGAAAUCCUGGUAGGCCUGUUCAUCAAAUAUCUUGCUACGCUUAACAAGCAUCUCAGUCGACAACUGUCCGCGCCCGAUAUUACAAUCGUCACCCUAGCAUCCCACGAGGCGACGGACACUUACGAAACCUUCGAGCAUUUCCUUUCCGUGGCUGCCGUGCUGGCUAUUGCGGAUAUACCCGCAUAUACUGCACCUAAGAUAGAGCUGCCAGGUGAAACCCCAGAAGAGUUCCUGAGGGCCCUGGUAGAUGCCCUCGAGCCCGACUUCCGCGGGUGGGCUGAGUCUAGAGACGCGGGAGCGGUGGCCAGAACUGCCGUAGAGCAGACACCAGCUCCCUGCGUACUCGUGUUCCUGAACCAAGAGUUUGUGGCGAGAUGGUUGCAAGAACCCUUGUCCAGAAUUAUAUGGCCCAAUGGCUCAAUUCCGAACGGCAUGCGUGGCCUGGUCCCCAUGGCUUUGGAUAGGUGUUCGCCUCCCGACGAGGUGGACAAGGUUCUCCAAGCCGAACACUAUCCCAAGGUCAUCUGCGUCGACCACUCCUUUCCCGUUGUCCUGAGUGCGCGCGUUACACAUAUAGCAUCCCCCGGUGCCAAGGUCGCAUUGGCCUUCCACCAAGACUCCACGCACUGCAUCGAUUCGUUGAUCCUUCUAUCAAAGUCAGAGCUUCAGUGGGAGGACGCUUGGGCAGAUGUCUCUGGCACCCCAGGUAUCAAGUACUUUGUGCCAGACUCUAGCCACGUAGCUGUACCAGAUCUACCAAAGAGACCCGUCGAGGGGGAGCUAAUGUAUUUCGCAUACAGGCUUGUGCAGCACUGGAGCUCCUGCCCCCUGACAUUAGUCCCAGUUCCAUAUCUGACUCAAGUCUGUCCUCUUUGGCUCAACGAGAUGUUUCGUCGCAUGAAGGCUCUUGGCUGCGUCAAAAGGGCUCUAAACCGGCAGUGGACCCGAACGCCACUCGGGAGGGUUGUACAGAUGUUCAUGGACAACAAGUUCCACGACGGUUGGCUCUUUAAUCCGGGUCGGAGCUUUCAGCUCGCAUGCCUCUGCGCGAUCAUAUUCUUGGACCGUCAAGACCUCACCGUCAAGGCAAAACGCAUCCUGAUCCGCAUGGCAUCGAUCAUCCGCGCCAACAUCUCCACAACUCUCCAGAUAAAUGAAGACCGGCUUGAAGAGCUCGGUCUCUUGAAGUCGCCCGAUUGUUAUAGAACGGUCCGGGGACUUAUCCACGACUGCACCGGAGGCGUCGCGCGACAGCAGAUUGGCAACGGGCUGAUAUGGGUGGUACUGGGGCUAUGGCAGACAGAAUGGGUCCACCAUGGCACUUGGAAAGGACAAAACGAGCACAUAAGCUGUCAAACAAAACACUUACCCUCUGUAGGCGGAACUGUGAGGAAAUCAGAAAAGCUGGAACCUCUCGACCACGACGAGGAGGUCUUCCAUACCCAACUCGACGAGUCUGAGCUAGAGGCCGUCAACACGGUGCUCCUCCGUGCCUAUAUGCACCAACAGGUGCUCUUCCCCGACGAAUUCAUGCUGAAUCCGGUCGACCUCAUAUCAAAUCAGCCGGUUUGUCUCACGGGCAACCCUGCUGGUCUGUUUGAUUCCAGUGCGCUGCAAGAACAAGGUGUCAAGCUCGGCCUUGGCGCGUUCACCGCCAUCUACACAAGUGCUGGAAUGGAAUCAUCCCCCGACGAGGGCAGCGAGUGGAGAGAGACGCUCCGACCUGAAGAUCUGACAUUCAUUCCCCGCAAAGCACAGGCAGCGUUGGCGACCAGGCUAAGGGUGCCGAUGCAUAUGGCACUGAGAACAAGCUGUCCAGUACCUACAUACCAGAAGGCUUAA